UUGGCAGACAUGGAGAGAGCAGACAGCAGAAGUGCCUAACUAAGUAUUGGAAAAUACAACAACACAAUAACGGAACUGAAGAAAACAUUCUCUCCUUUUAUCAGAUGUUUAAUUGUACAACUGUGAACAGCCAAAACAGGAACCAAGUCACUGCUGCAGAUGUCAGGAUUAAGAACUAUGGAAGAUUCUAGCCUGAUCAGAUGUGACAGCCUGGAUGCUGGGUCAGGGUGUGACAGAGAGGCGAUGACACCAUUCGACCCUAUGACCUAUGACCCUGAGGGCUCUGACCUUGCUGCAAACCUUGAGCCUACACCAGCAGAACUGGCUCAGUGUGAGGCUGAAGUGGGCACGCUGCUCACUAUCAUUGCUGAACUAAACAAAAAGAUGGGGUCAUUAAAGGCACCAAGUGAACCAGGUGACCUGAGACCGCCAAGACCAUCCAGGCCUCUGGUUCCAGAUCUCCUGUCCCACAGGCUGGCCAGAAGCAGCCCAGAGAGGAACACCGCCUCCGCUGUCACAUCUAAGCCUCCACCGACUGGCCGAGGGGGAGGCGGUGUAGUCUGGACUAAACUUCAGGAGGUUUUAUCGUCAGUGGAGGACUCCAUCAGCAGUAAAAGGUCCUGGGCUGCCCCCAUCACAGCUUCUGACCAGGACAAACACCAAGAGCAUCUGAGGGCCGCCCAGGAGAGCUGGGUUAAAGCCACUCAGAUAUUGGAGGACAUGGAAAGAGAGUUUGGGAUUUCAUGCCCAUCAGGCCUGUCAAAGGACCAGUAUCAGGACAACAUCUUGAAUCUGGAGAAGCGUGACCCUGCUCUUCGAAGUAUUUUGCAGAGCCACCAGGAGGAGCAGGAGAAAGCACAAAGCACUACCAGCCAGAUGGAAGAGGAGAAGAACAAGCUUGUUAGUCUUCAUAAAGUCUGGAGGUCUGGUAGUCGCUCGCCUUCCUACGGGCCCCCUUCUGGGGCUCUCAGUCCAGAGUGGGCCUCUCCUCCCUUUCCUGGUUCACCUUUACUCCACAGAAGAACAGCUAGAGCUGUUACACCUCUGUCUGUGGGUGGGGAUGGUUCUCCACUGGGCUCUGUGAACUCAUGCAGUCCUUGUCAAAGCCCCAUCGGCCUUGAGUCUGAGACUGAGCGACUGAACAGGUACAUUGAGAGGCUGAAGGCCAGAAAUGAACGACUGACUGCAGCUCUGGAGCGAAAGAAAGCAGAGUCAGAACAGAUCACUAUUACACUGAACAGACUUGAGUCUGACUGCUCUGCCCUGCAGAUGGCUCUCAGAUACUGUGAGGAGUGUGAGGAGGCCUACGGCGAGCUGCUGUCUCUUCAUGACGCCAAGAAGCAACAAAGCAUUCCUCUGCACACAGACUCAGCAGAGGAAGUCGGUGAAAGGCAGCAGCCCGACAGUUCAUCAGCUCAGCUCAGGAAAAUGGAAACUGAGGAGCUGUCCACCUCCUUCUCAACAGCAGGGGUCACAGAGGAGAUGGAAACUCAGAGUUACACAGGGCACAGGACACCUGAGUGUGUAGAGCGAGAGGUUUUUCUCCGUCAGCAAAUUGAGCGCCUGAAGAUGGAACGGGCAGCCAUUUGCCUACCUAAGCCAAGCCCAGGAGUUGAGAGCAAAAUGAGCCCUGAAACUGGUCACCCAGCUGGAUCAAGAGGGGGACAUGUGACUAAAGACAACGCCAAACCUCCUGACACCAAGAAAGAGAAAACGUCUCUCUUCUAUGAACUCAUCUCUGUCAGGGAGGAAAUGUCAGAUCUGCGAGCUCUAAUCCGCCUCAAGGAGAAGGAACUGAGGUGUCUGGAGUGGAGUUUAAUGGCUCAGAAAGCUCAGGAAGCAGCUGGAGCAUUCGUUCCAGAAAGCAUCAGAGAGGAGCUCGAGGAUCGCAAGGCUGAACAACAGAGGCUCUAUGAAAAGGCAGCUAAACUGGGUAGUGAUGGAGACAUCGCUGAUCCUCGAACCAGACCCAUUCUUAAGGAGCUGCAGGCCGUCCUGCAGAGGGAGCAAGCCCUGAAGAAGAGAUUGGCUUUAGUCCAGGACUCAAUGAACACAGCUCUUUCAGACAACACCUCCCACAGGAGGGACAAUGGAGAGCAGAUUGCUCGUCUCACACAAGCUCACAGUAAAGCCUUGAGUUCGUACCGGCAGAUUCGCAGGAAGUACCGCGAGCAGGUGUGGAGGCUGGAGCAGAGAGUGGCAGCCAUGACGGAGAGUCACCAACACCAGAGUGGAGCGCCGAAAGCUGCAGGAGAGGCCUUGGAGUGGAGGAGGGAAGAGACUGUUCUCUGAUCCUGUGAUUUUUCAUUAAUGCCAAAAAUGUAUCAACCAUGUGAAGUCCUGCUGAGUUUAAGUGUAUUUUCAUAAUUUAAAAUGAUUGUACCAUUUAGAUAAAAGCCUUGCUACUGCAGAACUACAAUUUUUUCAGCUAUGCUAGCUGCCUAGUUACAUGGAUGGCAGCGGUCCACCAUCGCAACUGAAUUAUCUCAACACCUAUUGGAUGGAUUGCUGUGAAAUUUAGUACAGAUAUCCAGAGGAUGAAUCCUAAUGGGUUUGAUGAUCCCCUGACUCUUCAUCUACCUUGUCGGGUCCUUUGGUUUAUCAAAUGACCUUCCUAUCAGCCUCAGCUGUACUCUGCAUUUAGUGCUAAUUAGCAAGUCUUAACAUGCUAAUAUACUAAAUUAAGAUGGUGAACAUGUUAAUGUGAGUAGAACGGUGUGAGUACAGCCUCACAGAGCUGAUAGUUUGGCUGCAGAUAUGUUGUCAACCCAUGUCAACCCAUCAAUGUCAUACCGCAGUCCGUUCAGGCAUUCAUUGACUCGUCAGAGGUAAAUAUAGAGUAUGUAGGGCACUAGAACAUGGAAAGCACUGUCAGUUGUGCCUUUCCAACCCUUGUGAGAGUUACUAAUAUGUUGAACAGGAUUCCAAAGCUUAACUUGUCUAACAGGAGUCACACGUCACAAGACACAUGCCUCAUUUCAGAGAAACAGCUGCCAUGCAGUCAUGAAUGUGUUAGGCUGACUCAAGGACUGACCCCACCGAGGACCUCGGGACUGACCUCGAGAGUGCACAUGUCCUUUUUCCCGUACAAGCCAACUUUAUGAAGCCAGCCGUGCUGUCGUGACAAAGCUCAGAGAAGGGGGGAUGGGUGCCAGGACAAUAGCACACAUGAUGUGCACACAAAAUGUACGGCCAGCCCAUUUGUCUUCUUAGAACUUUCAUAGUCAGUCUCAUCUUGCUCCCUCUGACUUUCAUUAUUUUCACUUCUCUUAAACAAUCAUGCACAAAAGCUGCUUUUAUUUGAGUGCUAGAACAGUACUAAGCCGAUUUGGUGACUUAAUUUAAGACUAAAUUAAACUAUAUAUUUAUGACCUGUGUUUAAAGACUCAUGACUUCAGUAAGAAUGAAUGGACUUGGGACUGAGAACCAUAAGCAGGAUAAGGAAGUCAGUGAGUAUUAAUGUGACAGUCAACCAACCAAUAAACAUGUUGAAGGCUCUGCAGCAACCUGGAGGUAAACCAUACUCAUGUCACUUUCUGGGACAAUUUGUAAAAAAAUAUUCCAAACAACUGUGCUAUAAUGAUGAAACAGUGACAGACAACAACAAAGCUAUAACAAGAAAUUAACAAGCUGACCCUCUAGGAAUAAAACAAUGGGUUGAAAAAGUUCUUUACCGAUUAAUCAUGACUCACAAUGGAGCAUCAGUUGUAAAAGAUUGAUGCAGCAGAACCAGAGAUAUUGUCUCACUAUUAUUCCAUGCGUUCCUUUUUCUUAUCAAAACCUGCCGCCUCCAUUACCCACAAUGCAGCUUGACCAUCAGCAGCUUGUUCUGAGAUUAUGGUGAGUUAUGCUCUUAGUGACCAUUGCAUCCUUGAGCUACUUGCCUCAAGUAGAGAUGAGGCGUGGGGCGGGCUACAGAUGUCUGGUGAGAUCACUACUUUGUAACUCCACAUCUUGAGAUUUUUUAGUUAAAAAGAACUAUUCGCAUGAAACAGCAUAAAGUAAAAUGCUGUGUUAUUAAUUAUUCAAAUAUGUAAUAAUUAGAAAUAUGUAAAGUAUAUCCAAGUUCACCUUGAUAAUUCUUUGUAUAGUAUGCUGUAUUGGUGCCUCUGUCACAUGUUUUCAGAUUUAAACAUUUGAAAGAAAGCAUUAAGACAUUUAAACAUUUCUGGGUUUGGUCAUAUCUUUGGAUUUAUACCAGUGGGGGAAAUAUAGAAUAAUGCUUUAUCCUUUAUAAAAUUCCAUUUAUCCCAUGUAUUGGUAUCAGGGAUGGAUAUCUCUAAAUCUGUACAAGUAUAACCAUAGCUAUCUGUACAGACAGAAAUAACUGAAGAUAACUGAGAAGAUAUGUUUUUAUUGUAAUAUGGGUAUACCAGCUCUUUAAAAACCCAGCACACUCUUACCUUUCAUCAUACCCAUCCUCCAGUCUUUAUCUCUCACUCGCACCUCCCUUUCCUCUCCCUCAAUCUUCUCCCCUCAGUCAUCUCUCAAUCAUCUCCAUCCUUUCUCCCCCCUCCGGCCGACCCUGUGCCCUGACCUACCCGAGCCAGUCAGCUGCAGCUGUGACCAGCGGUCAGGAGGUUAAGGCAAAGGUUGAGUGUCACACCCACAGGGUCACAGUGAUGCCUGGCUGUUGUGUUGCCUGUGAAUGGAGAGUUCAGAGUGCCAGACGAUGUGGUGAGCCCCUGACGCCCUGACUCUUGCCUGAGCUUGCCCUUUCCCGAGCAGAGGUCAGCGCAAAGGGCCUGUCCUCGCCGCUCCCCCCGUACCUCCAGGUCACCAUCACUAUUGUUGUAAUAGCCGCCAUUAGAGCGGCUGAUACAAUUAUCUUUCCAUUUUGUGUUCGCUCUCUCUAAGAUCUAUGUUAAGCUUCUGAGUUCAUCAAAGGUUUUUAUACAACAUGAUUGUUGUAACCUCUGGGUGACUCUUGUAUCAAAGAGGCCACAUUAUGCCAAAAUGUCCCAUGAAAAGAAAACAAUCUUUAUAUUAUGCAUGGCUCAAUUAUGUGCAUUUAUACAAUGAUGGAAGAUUCUGAUACUUUAGAUACUGCAUAUACUACUGCAAAGUCCUGAAUUCAAAAUAUUACCACCAAAAUGUACUUAUAUCAUUAUGAAUGUGUAAUACAUAUACAUAACAUUUUACUGUUUUAAUGACUUUAUACACUGAUAAGUAGAUGUAGUAAAAGGUAAAAUUCUUGUUCUGAAAUGUGACAGAGUAGAAGUACCAUUGUAUUGAAAUUGUAAAAUGCAAGUAGAGGUGCCUCAAAAUUGUACUUAAGUACUUGAGCACUUGUUCUUAGCAACUCAUCUCCCUCAGUAUUUCAGCAUCAGGCCUGUCAUCAGGUAUGAUUUCUUUUCAUUGUGAUUACAUUACAUUACAUUAUGUUGUAGAUUAUCAUUGCUGUUGCAUUAAUGUGUAAGUAGCAGCAGUAGGUUAAAGUUGAGCUAUUUAUUUAUU